UUUCUAACACAGAUUAAUGAGCGUUGUGUACAAUGGCGGCCUUUUCAAAAGCAUAAACAUAUUUUAUGCGUAUUUUAAUGUCUUUUUCUUUGUUCGACUUUUAAUUUAUACAAGACUUAUGCUGACUUCUCCGGCAUUUUUACUGAAAAGCACUGGACAACAUUUCCGUAGAUCAUUUAAAUUUAAACCUAUGCUACACAAAGUGUUUGUCUACGGCACACUGAAGCGGGACGAGCCGAAUCACUAUUGGUUAACAAAACCUGAAAAUGGACUGGGCAAUUUUAUUGCAGAAGGGACAACGAAAAACAAGUAUCCGUUGAUAAUAGCAACAAGAUAUAAUAUCCCUUUUCUAUUGUACAGUCCUGGAAACGGACAUAAUGUGAAAGGAGAAGUUUAUGAAGUAGAUGAUACUAUGCUGAGUAAAUUGGACAUCCUAGAAGACCACCCUAAUUAUUAUAUUAGAGAAAUUGAUUAUAUUGAAAUCAUAAAAGCUGGCAAAAAAGAAGUUGAAAAGUGCUGGGUGUAUUUCCUUAAGAAUUUCAAACCGGAGUUGCUUCAUAGGCCGACUAUGGAGUGUUACUCCUCAUCAGGAAGCCAUGGGCUGCCCUACAUGGAAAGGUCUAAGCGAGAUCCUCAUUAUAACUACAAAGUCGAAAUUCAGGACUUUAAAACCUCUACAUAAGUGUAAAAAUCACUUUGUCUUUAAGUGUAAAGUCGACAUGUAUUUAAGUCUUAAAGUGUAAAGUCGACAUGUAUUUAAGUCUUAAAGUGUAAAGUCAACAUGUAUUUAAGUCUUGAAGUGUAAAGCCGACUUGUAUUUAUGUCUUGAAGUGUAAAGUCGACAUCUAUUUAAGCUACGAAUACACUAGGCAACAUUUGACGGGCAACAUAUCACUCUGUCUCACGCAUUACCACUGACUCGAGUGAAACAGCACACACAGUCGAUCUCACUCAUGCAAAUUGUAAUGAAAAGGAAAGAACGAUAUGUUGCGCGUCAAAUGUUCUAGGGAACAUUUGACGUGUAUCUGUGGCUUAAGUCAUGAAGUGUAAAGAUGACUUUUAUUUAAGUCUAGAAGUGUAAAAGUCUCGUUGUUUUUUUUUUUUUUUUCAAUUAAUAUAUUUUUUCUAAUUACAGUAACAACGAAUCUACCGUCGAUGAUUUGGAUGACGUCAUUAAAAAGUGAUAAAUAAAUAGACAUUCCUGAUAUGUAUUUCUUUU